GAAUUACGAAGUGUCACUUAACAACUCCAAAAAAAACACAGGUAAACAAUAGAUAUAAAGUCUAUCAGUUGGUAUUUCAUACGGAAUUCUACUUAUUAACUUUUUAUGCUAUCGAUCCAAGAAUUAAAUUGAACAUUUGAAGUACCUUAUUUGUUGGUUGAUCCACAGUACACAUGUGAGGUGGUCUCUGUUGUUCUUGAAGUAGUAAGAUUAUAAGUACCAUUAUCCUAAUUAAUUAUUUGAUCGGAUUAUAUUACGAUAACUAUUGGUAGCUAGUUUUUUAAGUGUCCUCCUGCCGCUCCAUGUGGCCUUGUUCCCCCCUUCACCGUCACAGCCAAACCAUCGUGCACAGAAAAAUAUGCAGGGCCAUGUUUGAGCCAAAACUUGACACCAUAAAUGAAUGAAAUUUUGCUUAUUUGGCAGAUGGUGUAUUUGGUCAUAUUGGGACACUUUCUUCCUUCCGGGUAUGAAUGAACUAGCCAUAACUGUUCUAGGUCCAUUAUGUUUACCAGUAUAUAUAUAUUCAUAAGCUUGAUCCAUGAUACUAUUUUUGAAGGUGAACGGCUAUUUGACGCCAACCAAAUUGCUAUUUGCCGCCAACCAAAAAAUAAAAAAAAUAAAAAUUUGAAUUCAAAUUUCGAAUUUUCCCUCCCUUCCCUUCCUUUCAUUCUAUAAAUUCGGAUACCCAUGAACAUUUGACUCAUUCCAACAAAAACUUCUGUUGACGAGCCUAGUGCCUCCGUCGCCGGCACCGUUCUUCCGUCGUCGGCUAACCUCCCGUCGCCCUCAAUCGUCGGAAAACAAGUAAGUUUAUUUUAUCCGGCCAGUUUUCCAGCAAGUUUUCCAGUUUCCCGGCAAGUUUUCCAGUUUUCCGGCGAAAAACAGGGCGGGCCGAAAAAAAACUGCGGCCUAAACGCCGCCGAGCCGAAAAAAAAUUUCGGCCGGUGCGACGGCCGGCCGAAAAAUUCUUUCGGCCCGGCGACGCCGCGGCCGCAAAUUUUUUUCGGCCGGUCGCCGAUCUCGCCGCCCAAAAAAUUUCCGGCGGCGUGUUCGUCGGCCGGCCGAAAAAAAUUUGCGGCCGUGGCGUUGCCGGGCCGAAAGAAAUUUUCGGCCGGCCGUCGCACCGGCCGAAAAAGUUUUUCGGCCCGACGACGCACCGGCCGCAAAUUUUUUUCGGCCUGUCGACGCACCGGCCGCAAACUGUUUUCGGCCCGGCCAGUUUUUGUAUUUAAUUUAAUACGAUAAUUAAUUAAUAAAUAAAUAAAUACUUAAUUAGUUAGUAGAAAUUAGCAAUUAGUGUUAAUAUUUAUUUAAGUUGGUGUAUAAAUGUUUUUUUUGUAAUAGGCGUUUGAAUGUUUAAUUACUUAGAUUAGUUAAUGUAAUUUUAAUUAAUUAAGAAUUGAUUUAACAAUUAAUGUUAAUAUUCAGUACAUUAGUUAAUAGAAAAUUAAUUAAUUUGUGAUUAAUUAACAAUUAAUUUUAAUAGUCAUUAGUUAAUAGAAAUUUAAUUAAUUUGUGAUUAAUUAACAAUUAAUGUUAAUAUUACAUUAGUUAAUAGAAAUUUAAUUAAUUUGUGAUUAAUUAACAAUUGAUGUUAAUAUUACAUUAGUUAAUAGAAAAUUAAUUAAUUAGUGCGCAUCUAAGUAUGAUAUUUUGUAAAUUUGUAGAUAAUUAGAUAUGGAUGAUGCGGGUGAUGCGGGUGGGGAUGAGUUGUAUAGAUUCAAUGGUAGGAUUGUUGAUGCAUCAGCACGAAGGAAGAAUAAGGAGAAUAAGCGCUCUCGAGAUAUUGGACAUCAGUCACAGGCAAAUUUAGGGGAGGAUGAGUUAGAGGCUCCUACUGUAGUUGCUCGUUCGGCAUCACGGGCGUCUGGUUCCCAUGGGAGGAACCAGGGUGCUGCAUCCAGAGUGGUCUCGGCUGAGUUUGAUGAGGAUGAUAGUGAUGAGGAUAUCGAGGUCCCUCCACCUACGCGUGGACAUGGACGAGUGCUGUCUCGUACGGCAACAUCACGUCCUGCUAUGUAUAGGGACCGAGCUGGGCGAUUCGUACCACCUGCUCGUCAGGAGACAGAGAGCUCGGGGACUGGACGGAGUAGGGGAGGACGUUCGAGUGGUCCUCCACCGUGGGAGCUUGUUGGUGAGUGUCCUGGUGGACCUACGGAUCCUAGCCUCAUUAGGAGCUUUCGUGGCCACGUUGCCUAUGCGCUUUGGACGGGGGCUGGAGAUCGAGGGGUCAUCAGUUGCCACAGCCGUACAUCGGCGGUUGCUUAUUUGAGUAGCUACGUGUUUAGUCAUGUUGAGGCGGAGAAUCUGGUUCAGCAGUCAGGUCUCCAGCACCUGAUGUACUCUAUGUUCCGCAAGAUAGCGAUUGACGAUGCUUUGAUCUCAGCUUUUGUGGAGAGGUGGCAGCCAGACACGAACACCUUCCACUUGCCUUUUGGAGAGAUGACGAUCCUCCUCCACGAUGUUCAGUACUUAGUGCAGAUUCCUGUUGAGGGACGACUGAUGAGUAGGAGUUCUGCGCAGCUUGACCAUCCGGAGGCGGGUUUGAGUGCGCUUCUUGGGAUGAACUCGGAGCAGUUGAGUGGUCGUUCGGAGGUCCCUGGAUAUAGUAAUAGGGGUAAGUGGUACGAGAAGGGUGGUUUUCUUGCAGAGAUGGCGUCCAGAUACUUGCAGAGCCACGGGACACAUGUGAUAGAGGCGCAGUCGUACUUGUUGUUGUUGUUGUUGGGGUCCACUUUGUUUGUGGACAAGACUAGAGACAGGGUUCGGUCGGUGGUGAACCUAUUUUUGGACGAGUUGGAGGAGUUAGAUCAGUAUAGUUGGGCGUCAGGUACACUUGCUUGGUUGUACAGAUACCUUGGUCAGGCGUCUCGUGCUGGUGCCAGGGGGAUGGCUGGUUGUCUCACACUUCUGCAGUGUUGGAUCUACGAGUACUUUCCGGGUUUCAGGCCAUCUCACUUCGAGGCCGUCCUCUCGGAUUCUCAUUCACUUCCGGUUCCCUCACAUUGUCCUCUGCUGGAUGAAGCCCAUAGAAUAGGGCAUCUCUUGCUUGUCUCACUGCUUCAGGACCUCUUUCUUCCACCUCAACAGUAAGACGCCUAAAGUGUUCUCGUUGAAUCUCAAUUUCAUCACUGACUUGUUGUUGAUGUGGGGGGUUUUUAUAAUCCAAAGUCCGCCAAAAUACAUGCAACUCUUGAGC